AUGUCCACGAACGGUGAAUUGCUCUGUGUUGCGCUUUAUGAUAUCACCAUCAAAACCAGUCGGCCAGACUGGACCACUUCUUUCGAAAUCCCACCUCAAUCAAUCCCCGGAAAAUCGAAGCGAACCAUCAUUGACUUGAAGGAGCCUAACGAGAAUGAUAAAACAAACCACUUAAAUUUGGAAGCUUCUUCCGACAAUCCACUUUUAUGCAUCCCCGGAACAUCGAAGCAAAUCAUUGAUGACAUCAAGGCGCCUAUCGUGGACUAUGAGGAAGACCGCUUUCUAGAGACUUCUGGGAUGCGGGUUCGAUCAAUCUCCAGAACACCGAAGCAAAUCAUCGUUAACAUGAGGGCACUUGAUGAGAAAGAUGAGCCAGAUAACUUGAAGGAGAAAGAAAUGCCACUUCAAUUACAUGAGACAAACCACUUUCUAGAUACUAAGGAUGAUGGGAAUGGGUCGAUUUUCACUCCCGCAUCUACUCUUGGACCGAGUCGCGGAUCACUAUUCCAAGAGCAAUUGCUUCUUUUGACAGUGGGUGAGCUCCGAAGACGUAUGGGAUCUAGGUAUCACAAUGUUGUUGUUACUUGUCUGACUUGUCUGGAUCCUGGGAAUUUUGACUUUGGCGACGAGGAUGACUUUGAAGAUGAGAAUGGAAUUGAGGUAGGCAUCAGAUAUAUCGAGAAGUUUAUGAUGCGACUAGACAGCAUGUGUGUCUAG